UGACGAACCGAAGGGGAUUUGAUUCGAUUCGAUUCUGAUUCAUUUCGCCGUGACUGACUCUUCCACCGCACCAUUCGCUGAAGAUCCCCUUUCAGGAUCCUUGCGGCUCCAAGGCCAUCAAAACUUGCAUGCAGACAGAGUAUCCCUUAAAUGAAGAGAUUCCAUGAAGCGUUUUGAUUGAGGUGAAAAGGCAACUCUCGAACAGUGCUCGCUGGACACGACUUGUUGUCAGACAGCAGCACCAUCUCGAGCAACGGCCAGAUUGUUUGUCAACGGAAGGAAUCUCAUCAGUUGGAUCAUAAUACCAACCAAGCUACUUUCCUCGCAACACACACAAAAUCCUCGACAUGACCACACCAAUGUUUCAUGUGUUUUCGUCCAUGAACGAUCUGGCCAAUGCCCAGCAUCACAAAAAGUCGGCAGGACACCGCCGCUCCCAUUCUUCCCCGGAGGCCGUGGUCCUCCUUCGAGACGACUCUCUUCUGCAACAACAACAACUGCCGCACCAAGAUUUCCCAAGUCUCGUCGUCGACAGGACGCCUGAUUCCUUCUUUUAUGAUUACUAUGAUGGCGAACAACCAGAGAACGAUGACGAACCAGAGCUGAUACCCGUAAUAACACGCCAAAAAGCACACUCUUUUCACGGCGAACAACAUCAUCCGGAAAUGCCACAACAUCCCAAACGAGCAGGAUCUUGUCCCCCUGAAUUCUUUUACACGGACGGCGAAAAGGAUCUCCAACAGAGGCGGGAUAACGUCUCUACCAACUUAAAAAGGCUCUACGAUGAUCGCAAAGAACACAUUUUUGAACUCUUUCAGGAUACAUGGAUUAUCAGUGAUGACCUGGAAGAUGAGAGUGAUGGGAUGGACAUUGAGUUCUUUACCAAUAGGGCUGCCUAAAGAAGCUAAGGAGGGGUCUCGGGCAGGCAGGCAGGCAGAUUCACUUUCUGAACACAUCAUGUUACAUUAGAAUAAAUAAUCAAUGCACAUAACCUUGGAACAGCACUAAACAAGUUGGAAUGUACUACCAGUAUCAGAUGCUCUAGCGA